UCUCACUAAAAGACGCUGGACUUUGAGCCGACGGGAUCCGAUAUCGCCUUCAUCUCAGGAGGGUUGAGCCUGCGGACACAGAGGGCCUUCUAUCCCUGGUCUCGUUCAGAUCCUUCUUCCUCCGCAGCCCAGCUAUGUAUUCAGCAGGCUUGGAGAUCCUUGGGAUGAUCCUGGCUGUGGCCGGCUGGCUGGGGGUAAUGGUGGCCUGCGGCCUGCCCAUGUGGAGGGUGGCUGCCUAUAUCGGUCAGAACAUUGUCAUCUCCCAGGUGAUCUGGGAGGGCUUGUGGAUGAACUGUUCGGUGCAGAGCACAGGCCAGAUGCACUGCAAGGUGCACGACUCCAUGCUGGGACUGCCAGCGGACCUGCAAGCAGCUCGUGCUUUGGUCAUUGUCUCCAUGGUGCUGUGCAUUGUGGGCAUCGGUCUGUCAGUGGCUGGCGCCAAGUGCACCAACUGUAGCCGUGAUGUGAGCAGCAAGCCGCGGCUGGUGGUGGCUGCUGGAGUAACCUUUGUGCUGGCGGGGCUGCUGCUGCUGGUGGCCGUGUCCUGGACAGCGCACGUCAUCGUCCUGGGCUUUUACGACCCGCUGCUGGAGGAGACGGGGAAGAGGGAGUUUGGUAAUGCUUUGUACUUUGGCUGGGCUGCCUCCUGCCUGCUCAUCCUGGGUGGAGCCCUGCUCUGCUGCUCCUGUCCACCUGUGGCAGCAACAGUGCCGAGCGGUGGAGGCUCCAUGCCUCCCCAGGUGAACUACUAUCCUGUCAAGACCAUGUCAGUCAAUGGAUACACCAGGAGAGACUAUGUAUGAGCAUGUGACAGAUGAAGAUAUGUUGA